CACAGCUUGUCUCUAAUGGUGAUAUCUGAAUUCAUGUUAUCGACGCUUAAAGAAAAUAUUAAGUUAGUGCUUGGAGUCGCGUUCACUGACAUUUUGUCGUGAAAAAGCAGCGUCUUCUUCUCUGUGAUUCUCGUCUUUAAACGAAUUAGCGCCGCCUGACAGAUCAAAUUCAGGGACUACCUCCCUGCGGCUCUGUGUUGCUGUGGAGGAAGAUGGCGGACAGCGGAACCGUAGCGGCCAGAAGAUGUGACUCCGGGCCGGUGUCCUCCAUCAGCAUGGACACCAUCUGUGGGCUGACGGAGCUGGAGGACCUGGAGGGAGUUUACCAGCAGCUCUGCCUGGAGGAGACAGAAGUGGAGGCGGAGCUGGACAGACUGUUGGGGCAGGAGGGGUCCAUUCACACCAAGAUGCUGGCGCUGCAGAGGAUGGGGCCCAACCUACAGUUGAUCGGAGGAGACGCCAGUCAACUGUCAGGCAUGAUCACAUUUACCUGCAGCCUGGCUGAAAACGUGAGCCGCAAAGUCCGACAGCUUGACCUGGCAAAGACUCGGCUGUACAACGUCAUCCAGCGUGCUGAUGAUAUCCUCGACCUGAAGUUCUGCACAGACGGCGUGCAGAUAGCUCUGCGUAACGAGGAUUUUGAGCAGGCGGCUGCCCACAUCCAUCGGUACCUUUCUCUGGACCAGUCAGUUAUAGAGCUGAGCAGGCAGGGAGAAGAAAGCAGUGUUGUGGACGCCAGCUUGGUCAUGCUGCAGGAGGCCGAGCAGAAGCUGAAGGUUAUAGUUGCUCAGAAGUUGGAUGAAGCUGUAGCAGCAGUUGAUCUUGCACAGGUGGAAAGGUUUUUCAAGAUCUUCCCUCUGUUGGGCCUCCACCAGCAGGGCCUCGCCCGCUUCGGUCAAUAUCUCUGCAGUCAGCUUGCCUCCAAAGCCGAGGAAAACCUGCUUCUCGCUACAGGAGGAGACCUGGGUGAGAAGAGAGCACUGCUGGUUUUUGCAGACACGCUGACGCUGCUGUUGGAAGGCAUUGCUCGUGUCAUUGAGACUCAUCAGCCUAUAGUGGAGACGUAUUAUGGUCCAGGGCAUUUGUACACACUCAUCACUCACCUCCAGCAGGAAUGUGACCGACAGGGUCAGAAAAUAGUCGACAAGUUCAUCCAGCAGAGAGGAUACCACAACAAGUUCCAGAUUGUGCAGAGCAACAUGAUGAAGGGCAUGCCAGGGGAGACAAUUGAGCCCAGGGAGCUGGACCCUGUGCUGGCAGAAGUAACCCUGAUGAACGCGCGGUCAGAGCUCUACCUGCGCUUUUUACGGCGCCGCAUGAUGGCCGACUUCGAAGUUGGAGACGCUCGGAGCAUCACACAGGAACAUCAGCAGAAUGUGGAGAAGCUGUUGAAACACUGCCUGCUGAGUACAACAAUGCAGGAGCUGAUCGGCUACUAUAUUCCAAUGGAAGAAUAUUACAUGAGGGAGUCUGUCAACAAGGCUGUUGCUAUGGAUACGUAUGAAAAGGGACAGCUGACCUCCAGUAUGGUGGACGACUGUUUCUACAUUGUGAAGAAGUGCAUCGGCAGAGCUUUGUCCAGCUCCAGCAUCGACUGCCUGUGUGCCAUGAUCAACCACGCUAACUGCGAGCUGGAGUCGGACUUCAGGGAGGUGUUGUACAAUAAGCUGCGGCAGGGCUUCCCGGCAACGACGCUUCAGGACAUCCAGCGCGGCGUCAGCAGCGCGGUCAGUCUGAUGCAGAGCAGCUUGCAACAGGGCAAGUUCAACACAAUGGGCAUCGAGAGCGCUGAACACGCUAAGGCUGCGUUUCUGGUGACUCUGAAUAAUGUUGAGGUGUGUAGUGAGAAUAUCACAACUUUAAAGAGGAAUCUAGAGAACGACUGUUCCAAGUUGUUCAGUCAGGGAGGCGUCUCUGGAGAAAAAGCCAAGAUUGAAAGUUGUUUGUCCGACCUCGUCAACACAUCCACAAAGUUCAAGGAUCUGUUACAGGAGGGUCUGACUGAGUUAAACACCACAGCAGUGAAGCCUCAGGUCAAACCGUGGAUCAGUAGCUUCCUGGCAAUCUCACAUAACAUAGAGGAGGAGGAGUUUAAUGAUUAUGAAGCUAAUGAUCCCUGGGUGCAGCAGCUCAUCGUUAACUUGGAGCAGCUCAUGGCAGAAUUCAAGACGGCCCUCUCUCCUAUCAUUUACGACACCCUCACCAGCCUCAUGACCAGCUUGAUAUCAAUAGAGAUGGAGAAGACUGUCCUCAAAUGCUCAUUCAGCAGGCUCGGAGGGCUGCAGUUCGAUAAAGAGCUUCGGUCUCUUGUGGCGUACCUCACCACCGUGACCACCUGGACCAUCAGGGAUAAAUUUGCUCGCCUCACACAAAUGGCCACCAUCCUCAACCUGGAGCGGGUUACCGAGAUCUUGGAUUACUGGGGCUCUAACUCGGGCCCCCUGACGUGGCGGCUGACGCCAGCGGAGGUGCGGCAGGUUCUGGCACUGCGUAUCGACUUCAGAAGUGAAGAUAUCAAGAGGCUGAGACUGUAACGCCUGAACCAGUCUGCUUGUUAACAGUGACUGUUGUGCAGCACACACCUUUUGAUGCAUUUCACUAAAGAGCUCUCUGCACAAUCCAGGUUUAAUCCAUGUUCCUGUAAAUGGAUGUGGGCAGGGCACAGGCAAAUGGCUGGGGAUUUCUUUUCUCUUUUUUUUUUACGUAGGAAACAAAAACACUUUUCUCUCCCAGGAGAUUUCAGUCGAGUUUUCCUACUGCCUCCUGUCCCACACCCAGCUGAUGUCAGUGUGUAUUAAAGCUGUUUAGGAGUCAGAGCUUGUGCUUACGUGGCAGGAGAACUAAUGCAAACUGUAAAAUAUGAGAAUAUUCUGCUAAAUGUGUAAUUAAAAGCGUGUGUGUGUGUAAUUGUGCGACAGCGGGAGUUGGAACCUUUUAACCUGUGGCUGGCUCUGAGAAACGAGGACACACUGGGACUGAGGAGUGGAGCUCUGCGGCUGUGAGUGAAACAGAGCAGUAAUGAACAUCAUACCCAUUAAACUGACAGAAGCAGGUCAGACAGCUGAUCCAGCCUAGUCAUUCAAUAUAUGAAUAGCUCCUUGUCUGUGAUGAUGAAACACUUUUAACCUAAUAAAUUGAGAGGCACAACGGAGCGCUCCUGAUCCCUGCCAUCCGCCACAUUUCACCGAGUGCUGCCCUAGUGCCAUGCGAGAACUGUUCCCAAUCUUUUAUGCGUGUUUCUGACACUAAAUACAAAGCUGUGUUCACCAGGUAAUAAAGCAUUAAAAUGAA